AUUCUGCUGCUAGAAUAGUAGGCAUGUAUUUCGCUACCGAAUAUACUAUGUUCACCUAAGUUAUCUGGCAUGGUAUUGCGUCAACUGCUCGGUGCUUGCCAUCGCCUCCACUCUUUACAUACCCGCCGCAACCUAGCGCCAUUGACUACACUUCAACUCCAUAACACCUCUUCAAGCCAUUCAGCCGCGUCUCCACGCUUAUUACCUUCUCUGCCGCCGGCAAGGCGUCCCCAGCCCCUUUUCCCUCUCACCGCCCGGCUUCACACCCCGCAGCCUAGACCCCUUACCCGCCGCCUAAGCAGCGUCAGCGCCAGUCACGACGGUGCAGCCUCAGCGGGUACCUACCUCGGUGACCUCUACCCCGCCAGCCCGCCCACCCACGACCACCCGGCCGGCCCCACCGGCGGUGACAGCAGCCGGGCGCGGCGGGCUACGCGCGGCCGAAUGGCCAAUUCCAAGUACGAAUACGUCAAGCAGUACGAAUUGGACGAUACGUUGCUGCCGGGAUGCUGGAUUGUCGUGCGCAUAGAUGGCAAGGGUUUCACGAAAUUCAGUGACCUGCAUGGCUUUGAGAAGCCCAACGACAAACGGGCUCUGGACCUGAUGGACGAGUGUGCCAAGGAGGUGAUGAACGAGUUCCCGGAUGUGCGACUAGCGUACGGAGAGAGCGACGAGUACAGCUUCGUGCUGGGCAGGGACACCGCCAUGUACGGCCGCCGCGCCUCCAAGAUCGUGUCGCUGCUGGUGAGCUGCUUCACCGCCACCUACGUGGCCCGCUGGUCCGCCCACCUGCCCGACACGCCGCUCCGCGCCACGCCCAUGUUCGACGGUCGCGCCGUGUGCUACCCGCUUGACCACGACCUGCGGGACUAUCUGGCGUGGCGGCAGGCGGACACGCACAUCAACAACCAGUACAACACGUGCUUCUGGGCGCUUGUGAAGGGCGGCAAGAGCCCGGCGGAGGCGCAGGCGGUGCUGCGGGGCACCCAGGCCGCCUUCAAGAACGAGCUGCUGUUCCGCGACUUUGGCAUCAACUACGCACACCUGCCGGACCAGUUCAAAAAGGGGUCUGUUGUGAUCCGUCAGAAGGCGCUGCUGGAGGUGAAGCGGCGCGAGGAUGGCAGCCCGGUGCUGCGUGAGCGCUCCGUGCCCACCGUGAUGCACGCGGACAUCAUCCGGGACGACUUCUGGGAGGCGCACCCGCAGCUGCUGGCGCCGUAGAUAGAUAGGGGGACGCAGCUGCUGUUGAUGCCGUAUGUGGAGGUCCCAGCUGCUUCUUCUGGCGCCGUAGAGAGCCGCAGCUGUAGCAGGGGCAAGCUUAAGCAGACUGAGCUGAGAGAGAAGAGGAAUUGCGGCGAGUUAGGGACGGGACGAUGCAGAUACUGUAGCCGCAGGAUGGUCGAUGGAACGGCUGGUGAUAGUAUGCGAAGUGACCCAUGGGCCACUUUAGCACUAAACCCCCCCAACAGGUGUGCUGGCCCCGUAGCACGGGCAUGCCUGGGCAGAUGACCUUAGAUAGCAGCAGCGGGUGAUAAUGGUGGCGUGCGUGCAUGGUAGGUCAAUUACAGCUGUACACGCAUGCUGGCAAAAUGUGUAUCGAAAUACAGCUGAUGCAGUGCAGGUAGUGAUGUAGAAUGUGUGUCUGUCAUUCCCGUUCACUAGCAUAAUAUCCUAGUGGCAGCGGGCUUGGCUACCGCCGGCAUACCAGUGGGCACUAUCUAGCGUGUGUUGGUUUAGCAUCAGCUGAUUAUUUGAUGAGCGGAGGCAGGAGCUCUAGGUGAUGCGGUGUACACACUCUGCAAAUCAACUCAAGGCUUGCAGAACAGGGUCUAACAGGGUGCCCUAGCAAGCGUGUUGGCAUAGCAACGGGGAGCCGCCUUUGCAGAGCGAGCCUGUUCGGGCUAGUUGCAGAGAACAGUAUUGUGAACGGUUUUAACUGGUUGUUUAUUAAUGUUAGGAGCUGUUAUGGCUUCAACAACAGGGUCGAAGAUGGCAUGCUGCUGUUGGUGUUUCCAAACCAGCAACAAUUGCAUGGAACCGGUGUGACAAGUAUUAAACCACCUUUGUUAAAGUUGUUGCUAUUGCUCAAAUGUCAAGUGAAGCUUUUGAAGUGUUGUUUAACACUGUAAAUGUGUCUCGGCCUUAAAUGUCUAACAGUCCAAAACUAGAAACAACAGCACCCAUGCUUGACCGCACUACCACAUCACAUUGAUCCGGAGCACCCACACACCAAACAG